GGGCAGGUUGAAUGUAUAUUUCAAGUGUUACAUGAGUCCUGAGAUUCUUUUGUGGAGACUAUAUCAGGGGAAGUCCAAUAACUGGCAUCAUGGAGAAAUCCCGAUUCAAACCAACGUCACCUUUCAGAUCAUAUUUGAAGGAGUCGUUGGCAAUGGAAAUCAAGGCGACUUGGCUAUCGAUAAUGUGAUGUUUACAACAAAUAGUAAUUGUUCGAUCAUACCUGAUGCUGCUAAUCCGUCAUCGGUACAAGGUUUCAGAUCUGAUAUCAUCGGUCACAUCCCAGCAUACCAGGCGCACCUUGAGAGCUGGCUAACGUCUGUUAAUUUUCAUGGAAAGCUCUGGAAGCCUUGCUACAGUACUGCUAAAGAUGGAUGGGACAGCGGUAUUUUCCACGAGAAGUGCGAUGGAAAGGGAGCCACGUUGACAAUUGCCAGAUUUAAUAAUACCAUAUUUGGAGGAUUUUCAGACCACAGCUGGGGAGGCCACCCCGAAGGAUACCGUAUCAGUACAAAGUCAUUUUUAUUUCGUUUUGACAAAAAGAUAGGCCAGCUAUCUGAAGACCAAGUCCUGGGGAUGAAACAAGUUCAUAAAUUAAUUCAGUGGAAAGUGGACAAAGGACCAGUGUUUGGAGUGGAAGAGCUGGCCUUUUCAUCGAACAUGAAACAAGCUAUAACCAGUAAACUGAUGAAUUACACUAAUCCAGCAGCUUUGAACAAUAAUUAUUCGUCCUUUGAGUACUUGCUGGUGGAAAGAUACGUCUCUCUUCACGCCGUAGAGGUUUUAACAACAGGAGAUACACUUUGUCAGAGUCAAUGUCCACUGUACCAGUACUGUGAUGAAGUCAAGGGUUGGUGCAAGUGGGACUCCGCUUUCCAAAAAGCUCGCUUUUGUGGAAUUGGUAACUGGACUUCCUACUGGCCCCUGGACAGUCACGUGAACAUGGUCAACCUAGGUGGGGAUGAGUGGGGAAUGUUUGAGGGAGCUGUGAGUACUACACAAGGGGCCCGGCUGGGGGCUGUUCACACCAGUGGAGGAGGCGCAGGUGCAGUGAUAACCCUGGGCGAAAUCAUCGACAAAUGCUUAACUGAGCCCUCGUCAUGUAAAAACAGCAACGGUUUUUCAUUAACCCUGUGGUUAAGGCACAGUACAACCUACUUAAACCAUAAUACUGUGCAACAAAGAUUGCUGACUAUUGGAGACAAUGAAAACAUCGUAUUCAAAAUAUUUCAAUUGGCGGAGCAAACAGAAGAACAUCUUGCUGUGGAAUUAUCUCUGUCGUCGAGAAAUUGUCUUUACAUCUUCCCCGUUCCAAAGUUUUUAUGGUCUCUGUUCGCUUUCGUGUGGAACACCACGGAUUUGAAUAUAUACAGAGAUGGUGUAAAGGUGGAUAGAUUCUUAGACACAAAGUGUGUAGCAAUAUCUGACUUUUCCUCCCAAAGGGCAGUGGUAAGUUUGCAAGGUGAUGCAAUGUUUGACGAUUUGAGGAUUUGGAGCAGAACACUCGAAGCAAAAGAGAUCGAGGGAAUGUUCACGUGUUUAGGAGUCCCUCCGUGGACAUGCAGUACAUCAGACUGGACAGAAAGCAUGAAAACAGAGGGAUGGUCGAAAUGUCCUCAGCCCAACGCUCUGCUGAAUGGAUUAAUCAGAGGAGAGAACGGUGGCUUAGAAGAUUACAUUGAUCGACUGGAAGGCGCAAUGUGUUGUUCCCCGCCACCGAAGUACAAAGAUGACAAGUUGCGAUGUCAUCGUUCUGGAUACUACCUCAAUAAUCGAAAUGAGCUACGCAUCGAAUGCCAUUAUGGCUCCUUCCUUCAAAGUUUUUACCGCCAGGGGAGUUCACCAGCUACCUUGGAUGUUGUCACAACAAGUAACUGCUGCAGGCUUCGUAGCGCCCCAUCCUCUUACCAUAAUUGCUACUUUUAUCAUAUCGGUGACUUUAAUAGGCCUGGCUUGGCAAAGUGUGAAGAACAUUACUAUAUAGCAGGUUUACACAUUGGAGCUUGUAGACAGCUGUACUGCAUUAAUCGGAUUAAAUGCUGCAGAAUGAAAACAGAUGAACGAGAAGAUCGUAAUCUUGAGAUUAGUCUGAAAGUCAAGUUGUUGGAUGAAACAUGGAAUGCCACUCUAACGAAUGCUUCACACAUCGAUUUUAUUCAGCUGGAAGACAAAAUGAAAAAGAAAAUCACAGAUAUUUAUGACAAGGCUAAUAAAAAGCACUAUUUGGAAACAAUCCUAACACCCACCUUUACGCCUGGAAGUGUCAUAGCAAGUUUCAGUAUGAUUUUUAAUGUUCCUCAGUACGAUUUGAUCUCUCCGCUUCUGGAGGUUAUUAACAAAACAGUUGGACCGAACGAAUCCAAUUACCUUGGGGAUAUGGGCAUUCAUCUUAUGGAAGUUAAUCCAAUCAACGUAUAUGGCAAAUCUUUACAAAUGACUGUCACUGUGGCUAACAGCUCAACCUUUCAACUUCAGUGGCAAUUUGCUGAGGACGAUCCAGAGUAUGGGACAUUUCAGGGGUAUCAAGUCUUGUACAGAAAAAUAAGUGAGAUAACUGAUGAGUUCUUACUGAGUAAUGACAUUAAGGACAAUAUUACUCAAGCUUGGUUCUUUGACGCAGAAGAAUGCGAGUUAUAUGAAUUUAAAGUCCGCGCCUAUUCUUUGGAAGGAUACGGCAAACUAAGUGAAGCAGUAAACGGUUCGAUUCCAUGUAAAGCCAUUCAGAAUAUCACUGCGACCGCGAUUACAUAUUCAACGAUGCGUGUUGAUUGGAGCCCAGUAAAGGGAAGUCUUUUUACCGCUUAUAACGUGACUUACUCCAUUACUGAGGCGAGUCUUACCCGGUACCAGGUGGUUGAGCGGAGUAACUCUUGGGUGGAUCUUGUAAAUCUUCGUGGAAUGACACUUUACAGCAUGAAAGUGGGUUUGAUGUUGGAAGGUGGUUACACUUUAUGGAGUGAGGCUGUAAUGAGUGCAACUCCUGAAGGAGCUCCAAACGCUCCACCUGGAAACGUGACGUCCUACAACCUCAGUUCAACUUCUAUUUACGUCACAUGGUCUCCGGUUCAAGGACAGUUCCUGCAUGGAAUCCUUCGUGCCUACCAAGUGUUCUAUCGUAAGGCAUCAGAUACCAUAUCGCCUCCGAAGAAUAUAUCCUUUAAAGUUUCAUCAUUAUCCGCACGCAUUUCAAAUUUAGAUAAAUUCACGGUGUAUUCAGUGUGGGUGAAGGCGGUUACCAUAGCAGCUGGUCCUGGGUCUAUCAUUGUCAACGUUACCACCGGCGAGGAUGUUCCCAGCUUACCUCCUUCCAAUUUAACCGCGUUCAACCUGAGCUCCACCGUUAUCCGGGUUGUUUGGGAACCUAUAGCUACCGAACAUAUCAACGGCUUGUUGUUGGGUUAUCACGUGACUACUCAAAAACUUAGCAGAGUGAAGAGAAGUGUUACUAUGGAGACAGUGGAUGCCUCAUCCUUGUCGGUUGACUUAAGAGGACUUAGCAAGUUUUCUCAGUACAGGAUAUUGAUCAACGGAUUCACUAGUAAGGGUGACGGGGCCGCAGCAGAGAUCAAAAGCUGGACUGACGAAGAUAUUCCAGAGAGCCCACCGACAAAUCUUUCUGCACGGAACAACGGAAGCAUGACUGUGGAUGUCUACUGGUAUCCAGUUACUCAAGAAGGCCGCAAUGGAAUUAUUCUUGGCUAUAGCGUUUUAUUGUUCGACGCCUGGGGCGGAUUUUUACAAAACGCGACGGUUAUGAACUCCAGCCACUUAUUUUAUCAGUUCCACGACCUUGAGGCAUGGACCAACUACUCGGUGAAAGUGAAAGCUUUCACAUCCAAGGGGACUGGGCCACUUAGCUCCAGUUUUGUUGUACAGACGGCCGAAGACGUUCCUCUCGUCGCUCCAACUAACAUAACUGGGCAUAACACGAGCUCCACAUCUAUCCUCGUCGCCUGGCAACCAGUUUCCCCAAAAGAAAAGAACAUCCGGGGUAUUCUCUAUGGUUACAGAGUCUACUAUAUACCACGUGAAACCUCCCGUCCAUCAGUGUUAAAGAACGUAACUGUUGAUGUCCCUACCACGGAUGCGCAACUUGCAAAUCUCAACAAAUACACCUUAUACCACAUACAUGUCACAGUGCGUACGAGAUGGGACGGACCGAAAAGUGAAACAAUCUCUGUUUCUACGGAUGAAGGAAUUCCAGACAGUCCACCCACCAAUGUCUCUGCACACAGUAAUAUGAGCACAGUUUUGGACGUUGUCUGGUACCCAGUAUUUCAAGAGGAUCAGAAUGGCAUUAUCCUCGGUUACCAGGUCAUCUUGCUCGACUCCUGGGGUGAAUUCUUACAAAAUGUUACCAUUAUGAAUUCCAACCAGUUAUAUUGUCAGUUAAAGGACCUAGAACCAUGGGUCAACCGCUCGGUCAAAGUGAGCGCGUUCACAUCCAAGGGGAAUGGGCCGUAUAGCUCCAGUGUUAGAGCAACGUUUAACGAAGAUGUCCCCCUCGUUGUUCCUGCUAACUUUACUGGACACAACACAAGCUCUACCUCUAUCCUCGUUGCCUGGAAACCAAUAUCCCCCAAAGAAAAGAAUAUCCGGGGCCUUCACCGAGGUUAGAGUAUCUUCUACCUACCACGUGACACUUCGCGACCGUCAGUAGAAAUGAGCGUUGCGGUUGAUGUUAAUGCCACGCAUGCGCAUCUGACAAAUCUUUACAAGUAUACUUUGUACGAGAUAUAUGUCACAGUGCGGACGAGAUGGAACGGACCGAAAAGUGAGACAAUCACUGUUUCUACCGAUGAAGGAGUACCAGACCUCCCUCCCGCAGACGUAACGGCCAAGCGGCUGGGCAAGACGGACAUCAAAGUACGCUGGGGUUUAGUGCCUCCAGGUUUUCGGUGUGGCAUCAUAACAGGAUAUAGGAUCACUUACAACUCCAGUCAAUCAAAAACCAGUUCUAUUGACGUCCCAAGUGACGCUUCAGAAGUCAUUCUAACGUCACUCGCAAAAUUUACCUUCUAUUUCGUGUACGUUCAAGCUCAUACCAUCAAAGGAAAUGGCCCGGCUCAUUAUCUGAAGGUUGCUACUGACAUGGGAGUUCCUAAUCAGGGACCCCCAGGCCUUACAGCAGACAAUCGGAAGACAACUCACUCAGUCAUGAUUAGAUGGCAGCCAUUACCGCCAUCAGAUGACUACGGAGUCCUAGCUGGGUACCGGGUUCGGUAUCAACUGGCGAAACUCGGAGACAUAGCUGUCUCGGAAAGUUUUCGGAAGGAGCUGGUAACGAGUCCGGGAACCAAUCAAGUUUUAUUGGAAAAUCUGGAACUGUAAGGGACUUACAGCGUUUGGGUGUCUGCUUUUACUUUUGAUGGUCACGGACCAGCAAGUUUCACUUUAGCAGAAACAUGUCGUUGCAAUAAGCGCCUCACAACAAACUGGCGCCAAUUGCCGCCUUACGUCAGUGAAAACAAUGCGGACCUACCCCUC